AUGCCACAGGCAGAUGCGUACCCCCUCCUUCCCAGUUUGGGUUCGCGCGCUAGUUCGCGUCCAGGGUCUCGACCACCAUCUCGGCCGUCUUCGCGCUCGUCGCGGCCCAUUUCGCGCGCCGAGUUUCGCGACACGUCGCCAGAUCUGGAGGCCGGACCGAGCGGGGGACAGAGAGGGAGCGACAGUGUGUUGUUUAAAGCUCCCGACGAUAGCCUUCACUCAGACGACGACGACAGCCAUGAUCAUGACCGCGCACCUCUCCUCUCUCGCGAGGACCGGACGGUGGGCCGUCCCUCACUCGAGGACGAGAUCGAUAUCUUCGCCGACGCACUAGGCGACGGACCAGCUGGGCGCGCGACGGGAACGCUUCUGGACGGAAUAGCCAAUAUGGCCAACUCGAUCCUAGGUGCUGGCAUCAUCGGCCUCCCCUACGCGAUCCGCCAAGCCGGCUUCGUAACCGGCAUCACUCUCCUAAUCGUCCUAGCAGCUGUGACAGACUGGACGAUUCGUCUUGUUGUCGUCAACGCCAAACUCUCCGGACGGGACAGCUACAUGGACGUGAUGUCGGCGACGUUUGGCCGCGCCGGAGCAGGCGCUGUCAGUUUCUUCCAGUUUGCCUUCGCCUUUGGUGGGAUGUGCGCAUUCAACGUCAUCAUCGGGGACAGUAUUCCUCCCGUGCUGGCAUUCGUUUUUCCCCCUCUCAAAGAACAUGCUGCAUGGCUCGUGGAUCGGCGGUUCAUUAUCGUCAUCUGCACGGUUGCCGUUUCGUUCCCGCUCAGCCUGCAUAGAGAUAUUGUCAAGCUGUCCAAAAGCUCGGGGUUCGCCCUUAUUUCCAUGGGGAUUAUCGUUUGUUCAGUGGUGUUUAGGAGUGUUGGCGUCGAUCCAGACCUCAAGGGGUCGAGUGUUGGUGCUAUUUCCUUCAUUCGGGGAGGCGUGUUCGAGGCUAUCGGGGUCAUCUCCUUCGCUUUUGUAUGCCACCACAAUACAAUGUUCAUCUACAAGUCAAUCUCGGUGCCGACUCUGGACCGCUUCAACGCCGUCACGCAUACCAGCACAUCGCUCUCGCUCGUCUGUUGCCUCCUCAUGUCCGUGACUGGAUACCUCACCUUCACCGAUAAGACGGAGGGCAAUAUCCUGAACAAUUUCUCGGCCGACGACUGGGUCAUCAACAUUGCGCGAUUAUGUUUCGGGGCCAACAUGAGCACAACCAUUCCCCUGGAGAACUACGUCUGCAGGGAGGUGCUCGAUGACUGUUUCUGGCGCGGCAAGCCAUUUAGCAGGACGCGCCAUGUCGUGUCCACUUGCGCGAUCGUGUUCACCGCAAUGUUCAUUAGCCUGCUUACUUGCGACCUGGGCGUCGUGCUCGAGAUCGCGGGCGGGUUGAGCGCAACUGCUCUGGCUUUCAUCUUCCCAGCCGCCGCAUUCUUUGUCCUCACUCGCGGUCCGUGGAACUCGAGGCAAAAGCUCCCCGCCGUUGUGUGCGCAGUCUUUGGCACCAUUGUGCUCGUCAUGAGCACCGGCAUCGCCAUCUCCAAAACGAUUCGUGGCGACGUGUCGCACAAGAAGUGCGAUUAG